AUGAGGAAUAGUUAUCAACUCGUGGCAAGUACAGACUUUGAGCAUGAUUAUACUAUACCUACUGCAUCUUCAUCACAUACUCUGCUAAUGAACCAAAAUCUUGAUGGAAUUCCACCUGAUAGUACAGAUAUUGAUAAUAUGCCCCCACCUGAACCGCCUUCAUAUGAAUUUGAUAUAGAAGAUUCUUACAAUGACCUAAACAAAAGGUCGCAUCUACAAAGGGUGUCUAUCGGAUUCCAGAAAAAUAUUUUAGAACCUUUAAUGGAGAAUAUCAUUCAUCCGUUUUUCCAAAUAUUAAAGUUCGUUCAAGACAAAACAGACUAUUAUUUAAGUAAAAUCGGAAACCCCUUCAUACUUCGAAGAUUUUUUUACAUCAUUUUGAUGUCUUUUGUUGCAUAUUAUGUCUUGUCAAGUGAUUAUUUGCUUAACGAAAAAGCAUCUGGAUUAAGAGGGAUGUUUUCUCAACAUGAUAUACUAUUUCAGUAUGCCAAGAAAUCCGUGGAUAUGGCUAAGUUUGAGAGAGAUUUAGAAUAUAUUAGUAGCAUGCCCCAUGGAUCCGGAACAAAGGGUGAUGCUGUAAUCAAUCAAUACAUUCAAGACUCUUUUGACAAUAAUGGGCUGAAAGUAGUUAGACAAAUGGGAUGCCUGGUUUAUUCUAAUUAUCCUGGUAAUGUAACAAUUUCGUACUAUGAUAACGAAAAUGAGAAGCAUGACUUAAGACUGUCGACAGAAAAUUUUAAUCCUUUGAGUUCCAAUGGGAAACUAUCCAAAGUGAGUUUAAUUUACGGAGGCAAGGGUACCACAAACGAUUUACAGAAUUUAAAGAAUUCGAAAACAAUAGAAGAUGGGAAAGACUAUGUGCUUCUACUGAAUUAUGAUGAAAUUGUUAGUCAACAGGUGCUAAUUGCUGAGAAAUUUGGAGCUAAAGCAGUGAUCUUCAUAUCUGAACCGUACGGAGAUAACAUAGACGUUAUUCAAUCAAAGCCUGUAGGAUUGCCACAGUAUUCAACUGGUGAUGCAUCAACUCCAACCUGGUUUCACCCUAAUGUAGAAGAAGAAGAUCCAAAAUUUUGGCGUUUAGCUCAUAUUCCGACUAUCCCGAUAUCCACAAGGCAAGGGCGAAAGUUAUUAUCACUUCUAUCUUCAGGCGGGACAACAGUUGAUGGAUUUAGCAACGAUCAUACUCAUAGUGGGAAAAUGGGUGACGUAUUAAUCGAUUUGGAUUUGCAAAAUAAUGUCAGGGAAAAGCAUCUUGUCUCUAAUAUUGUUGGUAAAAUCGAAGGAAGAGAACAGUCAGAUAAGGCCAUAAUAAUUGCUGCAUCAAGAAAUUCUAUGAAUUUUGGGACCACUUAUCCCAAUUUCGGUACAGCUGCAUUGUUAUCUAUAUUGCAGCUAUUUCAAGAGAUAAAAUAUAAGUUUGAUUGGAAACCAUUGAGAAAUAUCUACUUUAUUUCAUUUGGUGGCUCCGAGUUUAAUUAUGCUGGAUCUUCCAGUCUCUUUGAACAAAGGCUAAUACCCUUAAAAGAUGAAAUCUAUUCUGUGAUUGACAUUAGUCAACUAGGUAUCCCCUUUGGUGAAAGACACGAGGAUGGUAAAACAGAAGAGGGGUUAAAUAUCGAGACACAUCCUUUAUUAAAGAAGUUUUUCAAAAGUAACGGUGGGCAUCUAAACUUCGAUGUAUCAGUGGACAAUGUACACCACUAUGGUGACUGGACCCCGUUCCUCGCUAAUGGUAUUCCUGUGUCUGUAAUAUCUUCCAAUUCGACAAGGAAUCGUUUUCCUCCAGUUGAAACUUCAGAGGAUACAUUUGAACACUUUGAGAAGAUUUUAGAAAGUAAACAGACUCAGGAGACAAUCAAGGACUUGUUAAUAUAUCUUUUGCGUAUUACUAUGAAAUUGGUUGAUGAUCCGCUACUACAUUUUGAUAUAAUAAGUUAUGUUGAAGACAUUGAUGAACGAUUACAAAAGUUAGAGCAUGCGUAUCCUGAAAAACUAAAUUUCACGUCAGUAAUUAAGGGUUUGUUAUUUUGGAAGAAGAUCGGUAAUGAGUGGGCAUCAUGGACUCAAGGUUGGGAAAACAUAGUGUGGUCACAUGGUGAUGGUGUGGAGCCCUCCUUACUUUCAAUUAAUAGAUGGACGUGGAAUAAGAAAUUGACCAACAUAGGUAGAAGAACAUGCUCUCCAGCAGGUCUACCGAAUAGAUCAUUUUACAAGAACAUUUUAUUUGGACCAACACUGAUACAGGAGAAUAAACCUAAUAAUGACGGGAAUGUGGACUUUUGGACAUUUCCUGGAGUGAUGGAUGCAAUUUAUGAUGAUGAUUGGAAGAGAGCACAGGAACAAGUUGACCUCAUCGGCAACGUGCUUCAUCAGUCAGCUGUAUUAUUUAUCGAGGAGAAUAAUGACAUCGGGUAUAAGUAA